AUGAAAGCUGGAGAGACAGCAGGCUCUAAUCACAGUAGUGUUGAUACUCACUCAGCCUAUCUAACAUCUCAUAAUAUACUGGAAGAUCCAGCCUGCACUUCUGAAAUAUCAGCAAACCACCAGUUAGAUACUACAGAAUUUCCCACUCCCAUCCAAACAACUCAAGAUGUCCAUCAUUCAGCAUCUCAGUCACUCUUAGCUCCUGUUGGCAGUGCUGAUAACAUACAAAAUGCAGAAAGAGAUAGUAUAUCGUAUGAAGAAGUGGAAGAGUUGAGAGAUGUGGUUUCUAGUCCACUGCUUGUCCGUGCCCCUCUAAGGAGGGCUCUUGCAUUUGAGGCUAUAGGGAAGUAUGAAAUGGCUAUGCAAGAUAUGCUGGCACUGUUGAAUACUGAUCCAAAUCACAGAGAUGCCCUGGAGAUUGCCGGGCGAUUGAGGAUGGCACUAGGUCCUCAGCAAGUGGCCCAGCUUGACCUGUACCUAAGAAGCCUGCAUCUCCAGCGGUGGGGUCGACUGUCUGUGCUAAUAAUAAGUUAG